AUGGGACUGCAGGGUGCUUUGUCAGAGCACUUGCUGUUGCAGCAGGAGCACCCGGCAAGCAGAUUCACCAUUCCAUCACGAUGGGCCCUCCUCCGGGCGAGGACAGAACUGGACAUGGCGACGAUGGUAUUUUGCAAGCGGGAGGUCCUCCACCCACGUCUUUCGUGGUACACCCACCUGCGAUGCGACAGCUCCCCACAAGGAGGGCGCGAUUAUUUCGUUGUGGAAAUGGAUGUGUGUUCGCAGAUGUGCAGCCUCCAUCACGAGAACACCCACGUGCUCAACUUGCUCAGCGAUGGCGGAAGCAUGAAUCCGCGGAUACUGCCGCUUGCCAUCAUCGGGUCUAAGGCGGCAUCGGCGGUUCACAAAGGGCAGCAGCUCAUGAAGGUGUUGGCUAUGGAAAGCCACGAUCUUCAGUGCACUAUCGAUCGGACACUGUCCAUCCUGUGCGACUUCGGUGCAGAAGCUGGUCUAUGGACGUUGCAAGCAGAGGACGGCAUGAGUGUUCUGUUCCGACGAGCUCUUCCGAUUGCGGACACAGAUCAUGCGCUCCACCAUAUCAUGUCAGAAGUGGACAACAGCUUUGAAAGCUGGGCAACCUUCCGAGACACCCUUGCUGCCUGUACCAAAUGCUUCGGUAGCUACCACCGGCUGGACCGCUUCAGAGAGGUUGCAAUCAAGGAAAACGAAUCUGUUCCACAGCGAUACAGGAGCACCUUCUACAAACUCUUCCGAGAAGUGUGUCCUCGAUUUGUGGAGCACCGGUGGGAGUACUUGUAUGAGACGUUGCAGUGGUUGCUCCCACGCCGUCAGGCUCUGCAGUACUUGAAGUUGCACGAACUCACUGUGGAUCAGGAGCUGUCGGCUAGGGACCUGGAGCUGCUGCAAGGCUUGUGCAUGUCCGAAGACAACGAUGAUCAUGCAGCGAGAGUGUCAACGCUUCGUUUCUGGGCAAUGGCGAACUUGACAAGCCAGAUCGCUCAAUGGGGCCACAAAGUCUCAGGCAAGCUCCAUGGCUGUCCCUGUCACAAGUCGCAGCGGGGAAAGCGGAAGUACGAUGAUGAAGGCGGAUCGGCUCCAGCGCCCGCUUGCCCGAUGGCUGGUCGCAUGGCCGUCCCUUUGGCUUGUGGUCUGAUGACUGCCCUACAGGAUAAACUCAAGAAUGAGUUGAAGCCGCCCGCCCAGGCCAGUCUGGAACAGCUCCGCAAAGCUGAUGCGGAAGAGGCAGCCAAACUUAUGAACGACUUUCAGACCGCACUUGGGCGAGUCCGGGCGCGUUGCGCACAAGUCUUCGCGUACUGGGACGAGUUACCAUGGGCGUUGGUCAUGGUGAUGAGGCCGUUCGUUGAGCAGUUCAGUACAGAUGCCGAGGUUGUUGCCUUCAGAUUCUUGCACACAGACGGCCCCUACCGAGUGCACUGGGAGGCUUGGUCGACAGGGGGACAUCCCAUGUUUGCCCCCAUGUACAACGAACUGAUCGGGUACUCCACUGCUUUGGUUUGCAUGCAAAGACUUGAGUCUCGGCACAGCGUGCUGAAACGUAUGUUGUCAUUUCGCUUGCGGCAGAAUCCUUCUACCUUGAGUGCCUCCAUUCGGCGGCGCCAGAAUCAGGAUUUAGAGAAGCCAAAGUUCCAGCAAAAUUUAAUCGAGUACUUGUCGGGCAUCGGAGAGCUGUAUCAGGGCCAGUGGUCCUGCAAGACACAAUUGCUGGCCCAAGUGGGCAAAGAGAGCGCAAUGGCAGAGCAUGCUCCUUUGACAGAUUUGCGACAGAAGAAGGAGGCCUUUGUUGAGAGUCUUGCUUUGCUUUGUCGGGGCGAGGCGCAAGCGGAGGAUCAGCUCGCGAUUAUGAGGGAACAUGUCAAAGUCACUCUGUUUAAAGGCAAGUGCUAUGCAUUGCGUGGCGUGCUGAAGCCAUGCACCUGGACAUACUUCCGAAUGCUGAGCACCAACCCUUGUGCUAUCAUGACUUUGCAAAGAGCGUGCCAUUUGGCAUCAGAUGCUUGGCAGCAGUGCGUGGCAAUCGAGGUCCUGACGGGGUCCGUCGAAGAUGAGACCUCCGAGAGUCCGGCAACCAAAGUCGAUGUGAUAGAUCAGUCAGUGAUGUCCUUGCCCAUGUCCGAAAUGUUCAAGCCAGAGUGUGACAUGCACCGCCUGCAUACCUUUACAGAGGUUGCGUCUCGCUGCUGCUUCUGCAACACCUUUCUCGACGAGAUGUUGGGUGACAUAGAGGAUCAAGGUGCCUUGCCAGAUGAAGACACGGUGUCUGCAAUCAAAGAAGUGGCAUCCGCAGCCAUAUCUGGAGGCUGCACCGUGCGUGAGGCUAGCAGCAACGAUGUUGCCCACGAGGCUGCCAUCGAGUGGAUGACGCAUCAAAGCAUCGUGAAUCAACAUGGUUUUCUGGAUGAUGCCUUCGUUACUGUUGAAACUCGUUUGGCGAAGCCGAUCGCGGUUGAUGUCAGUGACUCACGAUUCGCCAUCUGCAAGUAUUUGCUCCAAAAGGGGUGGAAGCCGGCUGAAAGUGCUGGCACAGCAUCCCUUGCAUCGAAGACUUUCAAUUCAGCUGCACCCUUGGAAUACUUCCUGCUGAUACGGCAUUAUGAUGACUUUUUGCUCAGAUAUGACGAUGCCUUCGGCUUUCGCCACACGCAGCUGAAAUCCUUUUACGAUGCUUUGUUGGAUUUGGACUAUGUUGCCUCCAACCAGAAGGCAGACUUCUACAAAUCCUUGUCCGACUUCUUUGCAGGACGCAGCACUGACGAUCCACGUACAGCGGCCGGCUUGCUUCAUCCGAAGUCUCGAACCAGAGGCCCCAACAAAUCCAGACCCAAGUCCUCCGCGGCUGCUCCAACGCCCGCGCCAGCUCUCAUUCAAUUGGCAAUGCCAGAGCAGAUCCCUUCAGCGGUCCCAGCUAUAGAAGAGCUUCCCAACCCCGAGCCGGAAGAGCGCAUUCGUGUCCUGUGUGAGCAGCUGCCCGCCCUAGCUGCAGCUGUGCCGUCCGAGGGCGAUGCACCAGAUGCUGACGAUGAGCAGGAAGAGAUGGGGGAGAAUGUGCAGGACGAUAGGGGCCAGCAUGAGCAGGAAGGGCAAGAGGACUUUGCAGGUCAAAGUGCCAGAUACCAGCUUGUGCACAAUAACCGCGACUUGUUCUGCGAUGUUGAGCAGUUGAGCAGACCGGGACAGAAAGCAUUGGACGCGCGUGUGGAGCUCGGACGCUCCUACCAUCGGACAGAUCCUGGGACGCGGCUGGCUCGCAUAUGCGAGCUUCUGGACAUACUUGCCGACAUCUUCGCCUCCGGCAAUGCAGACACGCCAGAGAAGCAGGUGAACAAGGCCCUCGACACCAUGGAUCGACGUGGCCGCCGAUGCCAGAAGUGUAGGAAAGUCGGUUAUGCAGACGAGUGUGUGUUCGGUGACAUCAUGGACAUGGUGCCCCCAGAAGUUGCAGAAGCGAUGAACGGCGACAUCCGACAGGCAGUCUCACGAGAAGGACGUUUGUUGCUUUCGAUUGGUGAAGCCAAACGAGGAUGCUACGAUAUCGAAACCAUCUCGAUGUCGCCCUUGGAAUAUGGAUUUCCAGUGCAGCGAGAUCGACAGUACACGUUGUGUGUCAGGCUUUGCAGAUCGCUUUCAGACUUCAGGGAAGAUGUGCGAAAACGGUAUGAUUGGAACUUUGGACUCGAGCCGGGCAGCUUUGUCUUCACAGACGGUGGAGCAGAGCUAGCUGCGCUGCAUGGGAUGCCAGUGAUUGAUCAGUUUGCUUGGGAUCUGGGGACCCGGACAAUGCGCUUUGGAGAACUCACAGGGGCCUCCUGGGAAGAGGAGUUGUCGGCAGCAGCGAAAAAACGCCCAGCAGUGAACGGCAGUAAGAAGUUCCCCGUCAAGAUCGCCGAAGAGGUGUCCAAAGAAGACUCGAUCGCGCUGUCUCAGCAGAAGAAUUGGGUCAACAAGUUGCAGUUUCGCCGAGAGGCGAAGAAAAGGUGGGGAAUGAAAAAGGCUGAGGCAAGAGCAAAGUGGCAAGACUUUUUGGCCGACCCGAAGAUGCCAAAAGGGCGUGAUCAAAUGAAUUGGAUCACUAUGACCAAAGGGGCCCGCACGCUGAAGCACACUCAAGCCUUGAAGAAGUCAGAGGUGAAGAGCGCCACAGACGAUGAUCUGUUCGAAAUGGCCCACGCAGGGAUGGAUCAGGGCACUCUGCACCGUGACACCAGCAUUUUCGAUCGUAUGCAGGACUUUUUGGAGUCGUCUUGCCUCGAGAUGGGGCUUGCCGUCAAAGCUGGGAAGGCUGGGAAAGCCAAGGCCAAAAGCAAGUCCAAAGGGCUGCAGGGAGGCAAGCGCCCCCUGGACGAUGGACUUGAGGAGGGUCAGAAGCCCAAGAAACAUCGCCACCAGAAUGCCCAGAGGGAUGUGGACCGCAUUGCAGCCCUGAGACAGCGACGGACUUUGACCGACAGCUUGGCCGCUUUGCGGACGAGUUUCAGCAUGGUCAACAAGCUGCUUACUUUCUUCAAGGAAGCGGGUCCGGCUUUGGCAACAAGUGCAGAGCCUGCUUUUGUCGCAGUUGAUGAGAAUGCGACCUUGCUGGUGGAGCAAACUGUUCGGAUGAUUCUGAACAUGCCUGAAGAUGUAGGGGAUCUCGUGGAUGGCAUGGCAAACAAGCCGGAGGAAUUUGAAGACGACGAAUGCAGCCACGAAACCGCUCAAGCGAUGCACAGGGCUGCCAAUAUGGUCUUGGAUGCGUUAGAAGCAGAGAAAAAAUUCCAGAAGAAAGACGUCAGCCUUCAACGGUCCCCGCGCAGCAACGAUCUCUAUCAGAAAGCUUUCGGCGAGGAGUUCGAUGCUACUUUGACACCGAAGGACCUGAAACAGUAUGAGAAAAACAUCACCCAGUUGAUCUCGGCCUGCUACGUGGGCUUGGAGGGCUUGCAGAAAGCAAUCAACGAAGUGCAAGCAGAGCGUGAUGCCGAGAACGCCAAAAAGGGUGACAACGACCAAAGUGGAGGCGAUGGCGACGAGAAUGGGGAAUCUGAGGAAGAAAAGGAGGAUGACCCCACGCUGCCGUUGCAGGGCCCCCUGCAAUUACCGCAAGAAGCUGCCGGUUUCAAAAGCCCGCAAGGAUGGCGCAUCCUCGCAACUGGAGUGUCAAUGUUGGGCGACAGGAAGAAUUCAAUUCGCUUCGUGAGCGUGCCGGGACGAGAGCUCCCGACGGUGCAGGAGUUGCGAGCUUGGGUGGGGCCAUUCCUCUUCGACGGCCCCAUAAAGAUUGAGACCGAGAAGGAUUAUUCGGCCGUGAUGCAGGAGUUCCAGCAAUUCGCGGCCGACAAGCAAAAGCACUUGACCGAGCACUUAACCAAGAUGGACAUCAAGGGACCAAGGCCAAAGGAGCGACUCUUCGAAAAGGAGCUUGGUAAUGGGCCUGGCACAAGUCUCCUGAUGGAGUCCUUCCGGAUUGCAGAGGAGUUCAGUGUCCAAGAUCUUCGCAACCACAGCAACAGCAAGUCGCAGGACGAGGAAGUUUUCAGACGCUUGUUCUGCUUGCGGUUCAAUUGUGCGACGCCUCUCCAUCAUAUGGUCGGAGUGAACGAGUGCAUGCUGGGAAGGACAGUAUCGGUUCUGAGCGGCUGCCGGUUUAUCUGCGGAGUGGGCUUGGCAGACUUAGCGGAUUACGAGGAGAAGUUCAGCGCGCAGAACAACUCGGACUCCAGAAAAUCCUUCGUCAAGCUCUGCGAGCUGCUGGUGUGUCUGGAUGCAAGUGUUCUAUUCGAUUUGUCGGGCUGGAUUGCGGUCUUGAAACCAGGGCAGGCUCUGCAGAUCCCCCCUGGCCACCUUACCGCUGAGACCAACAUGACCGAAACUUCCACAAUGGCGGCCUGGAGCAGCAUGCCGCUGCGUUACCCGCAUAUGGACAUGGUUCUAGAUUGGGAGCGACAUUUGACAUGUGCCCUUCACUUGUUGCAGUGUGACAUCUCUUCUGGCAACUUCGAGAACAGCCGGUACUUGCUCAGCUUGCAGAACCACCUGACCGUGGGAAAGAUGCAGCUUUUGCCUUGGGUCUCAAAGAUGGGCAUGACUGUGGAGCCGCCGGUGAUGUCAGCCGAGAACGACAAGCCGACGACACAAGCACAGCCUGAGCUCCUUGAGGUGAAACAAGAGGAAGGGCCGGCCAACUCGGUAGACUUGGCUGGCCACGCGAGUGCAGCGGAGGCUGCUUCCGAUGACGACGUCGUCUUUGUUUCGGAGUCGCGUGCGCAGGAUUCAGAGCCGAAGCUUCCGGACACACAGGUUGCAGAGGCCACGGAGGAGCUUGUUGUUCAAGAUUUAGAGGCGAAGCUUCCGGACACACAGGCUGCAGAGACGACGAAGGAGCUCGUUGUUCAGGUGGUCUUGGAAACUGCAUGUCACAUCGAGAUUGGCGAUUCAGAGGUGAAGCUUCCGGACGCACAGGUUGCAGAGGAUUCAGAGGCGAAGCUUCCGGACACGCAGGUUGUAGAAGCGGCCAAGGAUGCAGACAUCGCCGGCCUCGAGAACAACGAGCCCAGAGAGCUGGCUGCAGCGCAGGCCGAUUCCGGCGGCCGUGGUCCAUUGACACCGCGUGAACCAUGCGAAGCCACGAAGGCUUUAAACGAGAUGAAGGAGCGACUGGCCGCGAAGUACGCGGCUUCUACGCCGCCGUCUUCUCGUGGCCAGAUGGAUCACACACCAUCAACGUCGGCUAAAAGGAUUGACCCCGUGGAGAUUCCUGACGAUGAGGAGGCAGAGGCCCAGAACCUCGUCGACGGCCCGGGGCAGCGCGAGGCAUCGGCGGCAGUGGCGGAGUUCCUCGAGCAGGUGAAGCUGGGUGGAGCCUGCUAUGGCCCGGAGCAGACAUUGAGGGCACUUCGGCUGGGUGCGGUCCAGACCUUGCUGGUGGCCUCGUCUGUGGAAGGCUCCUGGUCCUGUGCUCUCGCGGAUGCGCUGCAAGUUGCGGAAGCCCAGGGCGUGCGCUGCUUCACCAUCUCGGCUGAUUCUCAGGACUCUGUCCGAUUCUGCAGCGCUUUCGGCAUUGGAGGGCUCCUCCGAUGGGACCCGGCACCGGAGGUGCUAGAGGAGGAGUCGGAUGUCGAGGUCCCCGAAGAAGUGCCCGGUGGCGGGGACGCGACACCCUCGACGCAGGCUGAGACCGGCUCGGAAAGUGGCUCUACAGCACCUCCGGAGGUAGCAGAGGCCCUUCAGUGGCUCACGGCGCAGCUCACACCACUGCAAGGGGAGGCGGACGCAGAAGCGCUCCGGGAGGUUGCAGCCGUCCUCCUUGGUGAUGGUCUGGAGCCCACACUGGAGGUCCUCCGCGCGGAGGGAGUGCCGGAAGAAGUGCUGCAGGGGUUCGAGGCGCUUUGCUGCGGCAUCCAUGUGGACGGUGCAUGA